GGAUGAGUAAGACUUCAGAUAUAUAUUUGUUACGGUAUCAUAUAUUUCCGUGUUUCUCAGGACCGGGUCGUCCUCUGUUUCUCUGGCAAACAAACAGCUAACUCGAACAUAACCUACGGAUUGCCGUCCGGUGAUGUCAUCGAUCUAAAGAUAUCAUCGCCCGAACAAUUAACAAGAAAACAGACACAAUCUCCCGGAUAUUACCUUCAAAAUAAACCAGCCCCAAAAUUGAACAUAUCCCACAUAUAAAAGGUCUGAAGAGAUGUCCAACCCCUCCGACAGCCCAGUAACUCUCCACGGCUUCACCGCCGUCCUCGCCUCCGCCUCCGCCUCCGCCCUCCUCACUAGGACUCCCGAAUACCCCGCACCCACCGCCUCCGCCCCGCCGCUCUCCGUCUUCGAUAUCCCAAUUCCCAACACGCCUCUAGCUAAACGCAUUCAGGCAUACGCCCUCGAACACCUCCCCGCUCCGACCUACAACCAUAGCUGUCGCGUCUACCACUUCGGCCUGGCCAUAAAACGCUGGCGGUUUCCCAGCUGGUCGUUCAGCGAUGAGACAUACUUUCUAGCUUGCAUGCUGCAUGAUAUUGGGACGACGGAGGAGAAUCUGCGGAAGACGAGGUUGAGCUUUGAGUUUUAUGGGGGCAUGCUGGCGAUGGAGGUGUUGAGGAAAGCCGGGGAAACUGAGGGGGGGGACAAGGGCUUGGUGGCGCCGGUGGAGCAGGCUGAGAGUGUGGUGGAGGCCAUUAUUCGACAUCAGGAUCUUUGUGAGGUCGGGAAGAUUACGGCGGUGGGGCAGUUGUUGCAACUAGCGACGAUUUUCGACAACACUGGCACUUAUGAGGACCUCGUUCAUCCAUCCACGAUCUAUAAUGUAAAUGUGGCGUUUCCCCGAUUGAAGUGGGCAGAUUGCUUCGCGGCUACCAUUCGACAAGAGAAUAGCUUGAAGCCGUGGGCGCAUACGACGGCGCUGGGGGAAGAUGAGUUUCCGGCCAAAGUGCUGGGCAAUAAACUUAUGGCGAAAUAUGAAUGA